CACCUUCUUCUACCUUUCAAAGCCGGCCGUAACGUGAUGGAUUCAAACUUCAUAUGCCUUAUAUAUAGAACCGGCCCUCCAUCGGUUCUUCAAACCAUUCCAACAAGGCAGAUCAUAGCCUUUUCGUCUCAUAACAAAAUACCAAUUUGAGUCCGAUAGAGGGACACCGGAAUUUUAACUUUACAUCGCUUUGCAGAAUUUCUGUAGCCAUGGUUACCGGCCAACUUGAUUGCUUGAUUCAAUUCGACAGGUUAAAUUGUCAGGAUGAUGCUACCUCCAGUUCUAAUCCCUUAUUUGGUCUGUUAGACCUUUUUCUUUUGGGUACAGUUUUCACCAAAAUAAAGAGUUAUUUCCCAAAGUUUUGGUUUUUCCUUCUGUCCCAAAAACAUGUCUCAGAUUCUGAGUUGAGCCACCAAGAGAAUUCGGUUCCUGGAAUCAGAGAGGACGGGGCUCUUGGUAGGGACGAAGUGAAAAUGGUGAUGGAAAAAUUAGGGCUUUUUUGCAGCUCAGAAAGUGAGGAACUUGAGGCUAAAUAUAGUUUGGGCGAAGUUUCUGAUGCGUUUGAAGAGGAGGAGCCAAGCCUCGAAGAGGUGAAGCAAGCAUUUGACGUGUUUGAUGUGAACAAAGAUGGCUUUAUUGAUGAAAGGGAGUUGCAGAGAGUUCUGUGUGCUCUGGGUUUCACCGGAGCUGCAACACAACGAGAGAACUGCCAGAAAAUGAUCAGGAACUUCGAUGAGAAUGGAGAUGGAAGAAUAGAUUUCAGGGAAUUUGUAAAAAUCAUGGAGAACAGCUUCUGCUGAUUUGUUCUUCCUUGGUUUAAACAUCUAUUAAAUAUCAGUCAUUGAUCCAACCAAUUUUUAUUUUC